CGGAAUGGGCGCGGCCGCUGCCGGCUUCGGGUUCUGCCGAGGCAGUCACUGUGCGGGCACCCAUGUGGCUGCUGACCUCGCUCCUGUGCCUCUCGCUCCUUCUGGGAGUGUACUUAUGAAGAAUGGAUCCUUGACUAUAGUUAACUUGGAGAAGAGUGACACUGGCACAUAUGAGUUAGUGUACUGGGAUUCUGUGGAAGAACACAGCUUCAACUUUGAACUUGUUGUGUUAGAUUCUCUUCCAAAACCUGAAAUAAAUUGCAGCACCAGUGAUGAUGAACUUAUAUUAAACUGUACAGCAAAUUUUCAGGCAUCUCUGAAUUACACUUGGAAGCUCAGUAACAAUCCACACAGGUAUCGGAACUGGGAGCUUUCUGUCCCUUUGAAGAAUGUUGAUGCUACUACCAACGCUACAUGUAUCAUUAAAUAUUCACAAACAGAAAGGAGCUCUGAAAUCUCUUUGAUUCAAUGCCUUCCAGAAGAAAAAGGACACAAUUCUCACAAACGACAUAGAACUAUUCUUUACCUCCUUAUUGCACUUACUAUCCUAAUGGUAAUCCUAGGAUUCCUGUGGAGGAAAGGUAUAAUUAAACUUGGGAGAAGGACUGCUCAGAAUAAUAGUCCAGUGAAUGGCUCAGGAGAGCAUGAGCAACUUUACCCUGGGAACAGCCAACAACAAUCUAACUCAGAGAGAGACAGAGCACUGGAUGGGAAUGAGGUGGCCCUGAAAGACAAGCAGAUAGUUGAGAAUGGUGUAAAUCAGGAAGAAGUGCCCCAGGAUACAGAAGGUGAAAAUGGGGGGCACCCAGACAACUCCUCCAGCUGCACUAAAGGAGAUCUUGAAGCAUAAGGAAAUAAUUGCUUUGUUGCCCAAACAAACAUGGAAGAGAAGCAGUAGAAUUCAGUGAUGAAGGAGGUGCUACCUUUUCCCUUCCACAAGCAAUGAAGUUGUCAGACCUUCAUCAAGAAGCCCUUUGAAGACAGGCUGAACUGUUUCCAGUGCCUAUUUUUCUUUCCUCAGGAAAAACAGCCUCCUUUUCUAGUGUUACUAUGUGAAGACAAAUAGGCCAAAUCAUGUACAAAAUCUUUUUAAUUGUUUUGUAUAUGGUUUUUUUGCAUAUGGGGUUUUUUUACUAACACACUAAAGCCUCUUUGUCAUUAAUAUUUAGAGAUUUACAAAGUUUUAUAUAUUUGCAUGAAUGUGAGCAAAUCAAAAACUGAUCAGCUUUCACUUUUUUAUCAGUACCUUUUUACAGUCAGAAAAAAAAACUUCAUCCUUCAGCAGGCCCACAUGGUGGAAGUUUGCAUUUUCUAGUCUUGGUUCUAGACAAAGCUAUGUCUUAGAUUUGCCAGAUGCCUGGCAAAUGGAUCAUCUCCUGACAGUGGUUCAUUCUGGGAUAAAACUACAUUUCAGCUUGUUUUUGCACUGUAACAAAGCAGGUUUGGUCUUUUUCUAAAGCUUUUUAUAUUUUUUGAACUUUUAGGACUUUUUAAGCCUUUGCUCUUCAUAUUUUUUGAAGAAUGUCAUCUCACUUCUACUCAUUUCUAGGAAAUAAUAGUAUGUUUUUAUGUUGCUUGAGACUAGAACAAGAACUUGAAAACUGAGGUAGUGUAUAUAAUGAAAUUUAAAAAGAAUCAAAAAGAAAACCACCAUGCAUUAAUGCUUUCAGAACAUCAAGCUAUGGAGUGCUUUUCGUUAUGUUUACAUGCUGACUGUUUAUGAAAGUUGAAAGCCAGUUCAGUUCAUUUUGAACAUGGCAUGUGUGAAGAAUCAUGAAGGUUUGACACUGGUAACCAAAGAUCAGAAGACACUGGUAGCAUUCAGCUUUCCCCUUGUUUUGACUUUUGCCCUUUCCACUCCCACAAUUUUUUCUUCCAUUUGCAGCUGCAUGAGUGUACAGCUUGUAUACUGUACACUGUGCAAACAUUCAAAAGUCACUUUUGGUAGAACCUUUUCAUCUACUUCUGUCUGUAAAUAUUUGUAAUUUAUUAAAAAAAAUAUUCAAGGUGUAAAAAACUUAGUCAUGUCUUUUUGUAAAUGUACAUACAUUUUUUUAUUUAAUCUUAAAAAUUACUAACUGAUCCUCAAAAUAAUCUUAACCAAAGUGAUGUAUUUUAUACAGGAUUUUUAUUUGUUUGUUUGGUGCUGUGCUUUGGGGGGGGUCAGUAUUCCUGACCCAAGUGUUCUUCUCUGUUCCACUUUCAAUAAAUUUAUCAGGAUAAUGCUGUCUGCUUGUUAAUAAUUUUUUAACAAGUCUCCACACAAAGAUAUCCUUUGUUGUGGUUAUCAUGUUAAAAGUAAACCUGUAGCUUGUUUGCCUGCUUAGGCAAAGUCUUUUCUGUUAUUUAUGUGAGAAAUAAUAGUAAAAAAUUAGUGGUGAAACUGGCUGAAACUACUUCCAGAAACUAUACCACUUUGUGUCAUGGUCUCCAUUCAUCCUGUGCAAUUUUAUACUAAACAACACAGAAGGAUGUCAUAUUGUGUGGUUUUGAAGAUUCUUUGACUCCUGGUAUAACUGACAUUGUUUCCAAAGCAAGAGGCAACAGCCUUCAAAAAUAGUAAGCAGCUGUGGUAAAUUAACCUCAGUUGCUGGAAGUCUUCAGAAUAGUUUGUGAAAUUUUGGAGCUUGAUCAGAAGUAGAAAAACCCAUUUACAUGGGAGGCUGACAUAAAAGCAAGAACUACAAGCUCGACAGUCUCUCACUGCCAGCUUUCACCCUUUUACCUUGCACAGGUUUUUCUGUGCAUGAGGAACUUCUGGUAGAACUGCAAACCACAGUUUUCAAAGCAACAGUGAAGCUUUUUUUUUUUUUUAAUUGGUACUGUUGUUUCUUUGGGUUUUAUGAGGGGUAGAUUUUGUUGUUUUUUUUUCCUGUAAGGAUGUGAAGUCAGACAUUUGGGAGAAUAAAUUCACCUCACUUCC